AUGAUGGAUCAUUUAAGCAUCCUGCAUACACUGUUGCUGAGUUUGAUGACUUCACUAUCUUUUGGGGAAAUCGCUCAUUACUAUAUCUAUGAAGAGGAAGCACCAGGAACAGUAAUUGCAGUUUUAUCAGACCACCCUAUGUUUAACUCCACGGAACGACCAGCUACCAAUUUCCGCCUCAUGAAGCAGUUUAACAACUCUGUUAUCCAUGUCCAAGAGAGUGAUGGGCAGCUGACCAUUGGUGAAACAAUAGAUCGAGAGAAGAUCUGCAGACAAUCUCCAAACUGUAUUUUGGCACUGGAUGUGAUCAGUUUUUCAAAGGAUCAGCUACAACUGAUUAACGUGAAACUGGAGGUAAGAGAUAUUAAUGACAACAGACCCCAUUUCCCCAGCUCUGAGAUGCAUGUGGACAUUUCUGAAAGUUCAUCCGUGGGUACUCGAUUUCCUUUACAAAUUGCAAUUGAUGAAGAUAUUGGGACAAACUCGAUCCAAAACUACGAACUCUCUUCCAAUAGUCAUUUUGCCAUUGAUGUUUUGACCAGAGUAGAUGGUGUUAAAUAUGUUGACUUUGUGUUAAUUAAAGAGUUGGACAGAGAAAGUACAUCUGCAUAUACAUUGGAACUUGUGGCUAUGGAUGGUGGAAGCCCAUCACUUUCUGGCAAUACAGUAGUUAAUGUUCGUGUCCUGGACUUUAAUGACAACAGUCCUGUAUUUGAGAAGAGUGCUGUCAUUGUGGACAUCAUGGAGGAUGCUCCUGUAGGAUACAUUCUACUAGAUCUUUAUGCAGAAGACCCUGAUGAAGGUUCAAAUGGAGAAAUUAUUUACAGUUUCAGCCCUCAGGUCUCUCCAGAGGUACGUCAGCUUUUUAAAAUUGAUCCUAAAUCUGGAGGUGUAACCCUUGAAGGCAGAAUUGACUUUGAAAUUAAACAGACCUAUGAGUUUGAUGUACAGGCUCAAGAUGUAAGUCCUAAUCCAUUAACUGGUAACUGUAAAAUAACUGUGAAUGUCAUUGAUGUUAAUGAUAAUGCCCCAACUAUCAGCAUCACUCCUCUGACUUCUGUGGACAAAGGCAUAGCCUACCUAAGUGAAUCAUCUGCAAUGAACAGCUUUGUAGCGCUAAUCAGCACCACUGACAAAGACUCUGGGUCAAACAGUCAAGUCCACUGCACACUGUAUGGACAUGAACAUUUCAAGUUAAAGCAAGCUUAUGAUGACAGCUUCAUGAUAGUCACCACCUCAGGUCUUGAUCGUGAAAAGAUAGCAGAAUAUAACCUUACAUUGGUGGCAGAAGAUCUAGGAUUCCCUUCACUGAAAACCAUAAAGCAAUAUACCAUCAGGGUGAGUGAUGAAAACGACAAUGCUCCUCAAUUUACAAAGCAAAUAUAUGAACUGUCUCUCCUGGAAAACAAUCCUGCUGGUGCUUAUAUCACUGCACUGACUGCUAAAGACCCAGAUUUUGGGCUCAAUUGCAAAGUAUCUUAUAAACUAGUUGAUGCAAAAAUAAUGGGCCAAUCAUUAUCCACAUUUGUUGCUAUUGAUGCAGAGUCUGGUGUAUUACGAGCUGUAAGGUCUUUGGACUAUGAAAAACUUAAACAGCUGGAUUUUGAGGUUGAAGCGUCUGACAAUGGUGAACUACAGCUUUCAACCCGCACUCAUGUGAAAAUCAAAAUUAUAGAUGAGAACGACAAUGCACCUGUGAUAACAUUCCCUUUCUUGGACAAUGGAUUGGCUGAAGUUAUGUUGCCAGUCAAUGCUCCACAAAAUUACUUAGUUUUACAGCUUAAAGCCACAGAUAAAGAUGAUGGACUGAAUGGCAAGCUGAUUUACUCUAUUGUACAGGAUAACCAGAAACUAUUCACUAUGAACAGAGAGAAUGGCGAGUUAACAUUAACCAGAAAAAUUGACUCAUUGCAGGAUAAAGACUUGAGUAUCAAAAUUGCCGUCUAUGACAGCGGAAAGCCUCCCUUACAAUGCAACGUAACUGUAACAUUUAUUCUCACUGAUUCAUUUUUAUCGAAUGUAGAAGUAGUUAUUAUGCAAACAUCUGCACAGCAAGACCAGAUGGACUUGUCCAUAGUCUUCGUAGCUGUUCUAGCUGGAGGCUGUGCCUUGAUCCUAUUUGCCAUUUUGUUUGUGGCCUGUUCUUGUAAAAAUAAAUCCAACAAUUCCAAGACAGACAUUGAAGACCAAAAGAUGAAAGAAGAAGGAAAAGACCAACUACUAAGUGAUACAACUAAGAAGACUGAGUCAAGCUCUUCUAUCUCUCAUUCUGAAUCAUGUCAGCUGUCACUUAACACCGAGUCAGAAAACUGCAGCCUAACAUCCCUAAGUGAUGAGUGCAAAGACCUCACAAGAGCUUCACAAAGUUCAGAUUCUGCCCUUGUAUGUCCUUCAUCCAGAUGGCAAUGCAACAGUUCUUUAGGGACUAUAAGUGUAAGUUCUCAAAUUGAACAUUUAAGUACAAAGGAGAGUGGCAAAGGAGACAGUGGCAAAGGAGACAGUGACUUUAUUGACAGCGACUCUGAUGCUAGUGGAGAAAGUGGGAAAAAAGACUGCUGUAUAACCACACAGAAACAAACUAGUUCCACAUACAUUGGAAACUCAUCAGCAUACCAAAAUACAGAAAGUCAAUUUGGUCAUCCAAGCAGUAAAGCUCUCUAUCCUGGAAAUUUUACAAUGCAAUACGAAAAGGGAUACUCCAUGUCUUAUUCCUUAGUCCCCACUUACAACUCAUACCAACAUCAUAGAAUACCCAAUGUGCAUAUCCCCCAUUAUGCACUGAAAGAAUCCUACUAUCAUAGCAACAGUAUACCAGAUGAAAGGAUGCACAGACAAUGUGAACGAGACCUGAUUAGUAGACAGACCACACUCUCUCCACCCCGACUGUCCAGAAGAUACCAGGAAAAAAGUUAUAAUCCACCACUCACAUUACAACCUUGUGAAAUAGCAACUACAUUUUAG